AUGGCCGACACAAAACUUACCGACCAGCAGGUCGCCGACCUCAACACCAUCCUGCGCGGCGACGGAAGUCUUGACUCCAAGGUCCAAUAUGUCACGAUCAUCAAAUCGGGCAUUAAACAACACAAUGUCCCUGAAUCGAGUGUCGCUCAGCUUUUCGAUGGUUUGCGCGCAGCUACUACCUCGCAGCAUGCCGCUCUGGUAAACGCUGGUUUCACUGCCCUGAACCAUCUCCUCACGCGCCUCUCUCGACAAGACCCCAAGCUCUUAUCUAAGGAAGCCGCGCGAACUUUGCCAAUUGUCGUCGAGAAGCUCGGCGACCACAAAGACAAGUUCCGUUCUCUAGCUUCGCACUCGCUUGUUACUCUAUAUGCCGUUGCGCCAGCAGAUGUGGAACGUUUUGUUCGAAACUCAGCGAUGAAUGGAAAGAACCCCAGAGCAAAGGAGACCUCCAUGAGUUGGCUACUACAGAUGCACAAGGAGAAUGGCCUGCCUUUCCGAGGUUACGUCCCUGUACUCAUGGAACUUCUCGAGGACGCCGAUGGCAUGGUACGAGAUGCGGCCAAGAACACCGUCAUUGAACUUUUCCGAUCUGCCCCAAAUGCUGCCAAGUCCGAUCUUAAGCGACAACUCAAGAACUUCAAGGUACGACCUGCAAUUGAGCAAGCUAUCGUCAAGGAGCUCGCCCCGACCUCUAGUCGCCCCGAGACUCCCGCCGCAGAAGCCGCCGCUCCAGCACCUCGUCCAGCUCUUUCGGCCAGCACUUCGUCAGUAGCUGCAGCCGAGCGUCCUAUCACUCCUGGAAUCGAGACCAAGCCAGAAACUCUCGAGCCACUGUACGUCAACACAAACCGCGAGCUGGACGACAUUUUUAAGGAAAUGGCGUGGUUUUUCGAGGGUAAAGAGUCGGAACAGAAUUGGCUGAAGCGAGAAAACUCCGUCAAUAAACUGCGGCGACUCAAUGUGGGCAAUGUUCCGUCUGAUUUCCCAGAUACCUUUCUUGUUGGGGUUAAGAGCAUGUUGGACGGUAUCAUCAAGGCGAUUACCUCUCUGAGAACCAGUCUCUGCAAGGAGGGUUGUGCUCUUAUCCAGGAGAUGGCUAAUACGUUUGGUCCUGCAAUGGACCCCAUGGUUGAAAUGCUGAUGCAAUGCUUCGUCAAGCUCGCUGCAGGAACCAAGAAAAUCAGCUCUCAGCUUGCCAACGAGACGGUUGACACGAUCCUGAGCAAGGUUUCGUACACUCCACGCUUGAUGCAACACAUCUGGAUGGCUUGCCAGGACAAGAAUGUUGCGCCGAGAACUUAUACUACAGGGUGGCUCAAGACCAUUCUAAAGAAAGAGGCCCAGCACAAGCAUCAUAUCGAGCACACAGGCGGUGUGGAGUUAAUUGAGAAGUGUAUCAAGAAGGGCCUGACUGAUGCUAACCCUGCUGUAAGAGAGAAAAUGCGAUCAACAUAUUGGGCCUUCUGGGGAAUCUGGCCUGCAAAAGCAGAUACCAUCAUGGCCGAUCUGGAUGGCACUGCCCAGAAGCUUUUGAACAAGGACCCUAGCAACCCUCAUUCCCCUAAGAAGGGAGAGACGGCUGCACGACCUGGACUGGGAUUAUCCAAGAGCACAAUGGGCACAAGUAAGCCAAGUAUUCGCGAGGCUAUGAUGGCUCAACGAAAGGCAAACGCAGCAAAGAACCUGCCAGCUCGACCUGGCUCAGCUAUGGCUCACCUUUCGCCCGUGAAAACAACCACGUCAAGUACAUCGACAGCAGCAACCAAACCAUCAGGAACCCGAACUCGUCCAGAAACUGGUGGCAUGUCAGGUGCUCCAAUGAGGCCAGCAAGGAGGCGACCAGAGAUGGCAGCGCGUCCUGCGACGGCGGGCCCCUACUCCGUGCGUGACAUGGAUGCUGGAAGUCCUGAAAGUAUCAGGUCCAAGACACCCAAACCCCGAGAGACGACGCCUAAGAGAACUGCUCCCCGACCACGACCUGGACAUGCUUCACAUGCUAGUGAAUCCAGUCUUGCAUCACCUACAUCAGUGAGGCCAGGCACCAAGCCCGCGGUUUCACCUCGCACAAGUCCUACAAAGUUGAAGCAAUCGCAAUCUGCCAUGCUGCCUAUGAGCAGCCCCUCCCGGGCAAAUGAGGACUUUACUCUUGUUGUUCCAAAUAUGGCUAAUUUGAGGGCCAUACAGAAGCCUGCACCAGAGCCUCACCAGAGAGCUCCUCAGGCUAGCCAAGAGAUUCCCUCAGAAUUAACCACUCCUGUGCUUGAGGAUUCACCACAUAUUGUCCCAGAAGCUGCUAGAGAGGCUGCGCCAGUCUCUGAGCCAGAGACAGCCCCUGAACCAACGGUUGAAGCUGAGGCCCAGGCCGCCGAUGAACCUAUGGAGGAGGCUGCUGAACCUUCCGUGGCCAUCUCGGAGCCUGUGGUUGAGCCUACACCCCAGCCGUCGGAAACCGUGCAGGCCGACCCUGUUUCAGGAGCGCCUGGUUCGACACUGCAAGUGUAUGAAGACCCGUUCACUGAUGAGCAGCCUUCUCCAAAGCCGACCUUUAACGUUCCUGUGCUGGAAGACAAGCCCGUCAACGCUGAUGCAGCCAACUUGCCCAAUGCCCGUGCUCAAUCCCCCGUGACGCAAGACGUAGAAUCCUCUGAGAGAACAAAGCAGAGCUCACGACUGCUUGAAAGUGGCAUCACCAGAGUCAAGGCAAAGACUCUUGAUGUUCAUGGAUUCCGAAAGCUGCAGUCCCUUUUGCGUGAUACCAAGGGCAUCUUCACUGAUGAUAAGUUUGAGGCUCUGUUGAUUGGACUCUUCCAAUACCUGGAAGAUCCUCUGUCUGGGGUGAGUGCCGAAAAGGCUCAGGAUGUCAAAGCCCAGAUCCUUGCUACAAUCAGGCUACUCCUCCGAAAGGAACGUGACAACUUCCAGCCUCAUGUGUCCAGGGGUCUUGAAUCACUCCUUGAGACACGCAGUGCUUAUGAUAUCCGUGCCCAUAUUGUCAGUGGCGUUGAGGUCUUGGCUGAUGAACUCGUCACCAUUGGCGACGGUUCUGAGAUUGUUGUUGUCCUAACAAAGCGUCUUGAAAAUAUUGACAGCUCGACUCCUGAGGGAAGCCGUAUGCUCAGCACUGGAUUGCACGUGUUGCGAAGCCUGCUUGACAAGAGACCCAACUUUAUCCCUACUGAUACUGAACUUGGUCAGCUGGCCAGCCUUGCCGGUCGAUGCCUUGUUUCUACAGACUCUGGUGUUCGUAUGGAUGCCGUUCAGCUUUGCGUUGCUCUUCACUCAAGGGUAGGUGAGCAAGUCUUCUGGAAUGCCCUGAAGGAUGUUCAGGAUGAUCCCAAGAGCUUGAUCACCUACUACAUUGUCAAGAGACAGCGAGAGCAGACUCCUACAAUUGCAGCCUAA